GCUGGUGCGGCUGCCCCUUGCCAUGCACAUCACCCAGCUCAACAGGGAGUGCCUGCUGCACCUCUUCUCCUUCCUGGACAAGGACAGCAGGAAGAGCCUCGCCAGGACCUGCCCGCAGCUCCGCGCCGUGUUUGAAGACCCCGCACUCUGGCCCCUGCUGCACUUUCGCUCCCUUGCCGAGCUCAAGAAGGACAACUUCCUGCUGGGCCCGGCCCUGCGCAGCCUGUCCAUCUGCUGGCACUCCAGCCGCGUGCAGGUGUGCAGCGUCGAGGACUGGCUCAAGAGCACCUUCCAGAGGAGCCUCUGCAGCCGCCACGAGAGCCUGGUCAACGACUUCCUCCUGCAGGUGUGCGACAGGUGCCCCAACCUGGCGUCCGUCACGCUCUCGGGCUGCGGCCACGUCACCGACGACUGCCUGGCGCGCCUGCUGCUCUGCUGCCCGCGCCUGCGCGCGCUGCGCCUCGAGAACUGCGCGCGCGUCACCAACCGCACGCUGGCGGCCGCGGCGGCGCACGGGAGCGCGCUGCAGACGCUGCACGUGGACUUCUGCCGCAACGUGAGCGCCGCGGGCCUGCGCCGCCUGCGCGCCGCCCGCCCGCGCCUGGCCGUGCACGCCGAGCACAGCGCCGCCAUGAUCCCCGACCAGCCGCCGCGCCGCGCGCCCCCCGCCCCCGCGCCCGCGCCCGCGCCCGCGCCCGCGCCCGCGCCGGCUCCGAACGCGGCGCCCCCGCCUCCCCGAGCCCUGUGCCUGCCUCGCACCGCGAUUUCUUAG